AUGUGUACCUUGGCUACCUAUAUAAUAGAUGCUUCACAUGUCGCACCAAUAGAAAACAAUAUUCGAGCACUCAUUGCUCGCCAAGUAACAACUGAUCUCAAUUGUUUAUGUCCUUGCGCAUGUACGACAGUAGCAAUAUCAACUGCAGAAGUGCCAUCAAUAACAACAUCAACAACAACAACAACGACAACAACAUCAUCAUCAACAACAACAACAACGAUAACAACAUCAUCAUCAUCAUCAUCAACAACAACAACAACAACGACAAGAACAUCAUCAUCAUCAACAACUUCAUCAUCAUCAUCAUCAACAACAACAACUUCAUCAUCAACAACAACAUCAUCAACAACAACAUCAUCAUCAUCAUCAACAACAACAACAACAACGACAACAACAUCAUCAUCAUCAACAACUUCAUCAUCAUCAACAACUUCAUCAUCAUCAACAACUUCAUCAUCAUCAACAACUUCAUCAUCAUCAUCAUCAACAACGACAACAACAUCAUCAUCAACAACAACUUCAUCAUCAACAACAACAUCAUCAUCAUCAUCAUCAUCAUCAACAACAACAACGACAACAACAUCAUCAACAACAACAUCAUCAUCAUCAUCAUCAUCAACAACAACAACGACAACAACAUCAUCAUCAACAACAACUUCAUCAUCAACAACAAUAACGACAACAACGGCUACAACAACAACGGCAACAAACGUCCAACUAUUAGGGGCAAAUAAUAAUAAUUCAAAUGUGGAAUUAGGACUAGGUCUUGGUUUAGGACUUGGCGGGUUAGCAAUAACUUUAUUGGCAACUUGUUCAUGUAUUUAUUAUUAUAGAAGAGGACGAACAAAAACUAAAAAGAAAAAUGAUAACGUUCCAAGUCCUUCUCCUUAUGUGGCAUCACCGCAACAAACAGAGCCAGUGUCCAAUGUUAAUGAACAACACGCUAAUGAAGAUACAAUUAGUGAUAUAACACUAAUUGACGAACCAAGUUUAUUUCCUAAAUCUAAUGUUAAUGUAGAACACGCUAAUGAAGAUUCCAUUAGUGAUGUAACACUGAUUGAGAAUCCAGGUUCAGUACUUGUAUCUAGAGUUAUUGUACAACGUGCUAAUGAAAAUCCAAUCAGCGAUGCAUCACAAAUUACAAAAUCAAGUUCUGCAAUUGUGCCUAUUAUUAAUCUGCGACAUGUUGAUACAGAAGAACCAUCGAUGACUGAAGAAUAUCGAGUUAUCUAUAUAUAUGAAGUUGAUACAAACACAGAUCGUAUACUACAUUCAACAACUUCAGACAUAAGUGAGCAAAUACCAAGUGAUGUCUUGAAAACAACACAUCGACGGCUCAAAUCACCAGAUAACCGUGAUAAUAAUCCAGGCUGUCGUGCUCAGUAUCGUAAAACACUAGAAUCGAUUGAACAGAAAUCAUCCAUCAGUAAGUUAUUCCAUUGGUUGAUCAUUUGCGAUAAUCACGUACGAUGA